AUGCGCCUCCCGCAGCUGUUUUGCAGCAGACGUUCGACUGCUCGCUGUGAGCGGAGACGUCUUGCUGCAUUUCAGAAGACUCCGAACGCGUCGAUGUUCGUCAAGCCGUCGGAGUACGUGGGCGACGCAGCCACGGCCGUGGUCGGACGAGUUGUGCUCAAGAAAUUUCAGAAGGUCCCGUCUUCCGCAAAGGCGGCGGCUAGACCCGUCGGGGGCAAAAACAAAGGCGGAAGGGGCUCUGCUUCGGCGGACAGGGACAGGAUGAAGCUGGAGGUCCAUCUGGCAGGAAGCCAUCAGAUGGGUGAAGUUCUCUUCGUGGAGGCGUGGGCCGAUCUUGCCGAGAAGCUAGACAAGAGGUUGGAGGAUGCCAACCUGGUGGCGUUGUCCGGCUUCAAGUGCAUUCAGCAGAGACCACCGUUCAGCACCUCCAGGCUGAACUAUUAUUUGUGCGCGCAAGGAACUUAUGGUGUGAACACUCAGGUGCGGGCGGUCGAAGACGGGGAGUGGCAUGACAUUCCUUCGUAUCAUCCUGUGUGCCCGCUCGCUGCUUUGCAGCGGGUGACAGACAGACAGCAGAUCUGUGUGAUGGCCAAAGUGGUGGACAAUCCCGGUGUGGUCGAACGAGCCACUACUUCGGGAACACUCCCGGUAUGCAAUGCCGUGGUGCAGCAGGGUGCGACGAAAGUGCGCUGUGCUUUCUGGCGCGAGUUGGCAGAGCAGCUCGCCGCAAUCUCCGAAGAAAGCUACGUCUACAUUACGCAGGUCUAUUGCACGAAGCGAGGAGACGAGUCCUGGGAGUUGACCAGUGGGACAUCGACUGCGAUCCAUGAAUGUACCGACAAGCAGAAAGAGACAGUGCAGCGGGAGAUCGACGCCGCGGAGAAGGAUGGGGUCGCCUGCAAAAUGCUGACAUCGACUCCCGGAAAGGACUGGUUGGGAUGUGCGGCGGUGCCGUGCAGUUUGAGUGCCUUGCAGGGUACGAUUGUGGCCGGGGCGGUGCGGAAGUCGGACACGGUGUUCGAGAUAUUCAAUGCGCAGAUAGUGGGCGUGAACUCGGUGCGCACCGAGACGGACGACUGGGUUUUGACGUGCUGCGGCAGGUGCAAGCGCUUGCACCCUUGUCAGGCGCAAGGGAGGAGGGCCGUCCGGGAGAGUAGGAAGCCACGGGAUGUCAUGUUCGUGUUUUAG